AUGGUUCACUCUGAUAGGGCUCAACUUCAGCUGUAUACGUACAAAGCGACUUCCGUUCCCGGCCCUUCUUCUCAACCCUCACCCCUUCCAUCAACCUCGGGCAAUUUCACCAUUGCACCUCGAUCGCAAGUCUUGUUCAGCUUCAACACACUUCCGUGGCUAGUAAGGACUGGUGAUUAUCUCGAAAUCAGAAGGAUCGGGAACGCCGGCCUGGAGAAGACUGCCGCCCAUGGACCUCAUGCACUCAAAGCUGGAGGUGAAGCUCUAAAGUCGGUCGUGAGAGAGGCGAAAGCUGGCGAGGUGCGAGAUGGUUAUGUUUUCCGCGUCGGUGCAGACGCCCCAAACAUCCCUAUCAAUCAGAUACAUAUACCAGAGACGGUGGCAUCGGCAUUUUGCCUGCAACACAGACUUGAGGUCCAGGUCAUGAGAGUACCCGAUCCAGAAAAGGUGCAGGUGGAUUUUGUGGAGUUGCGGUUUUCGCAAUACUUGGGUCGAGCGGAUAUGUGGCGUCUCGGCAUGUCUCUAGAGAACUCUACGAUCCAUGUGGGCGAGAAGGUGUCUUUAGCUGGGGGAGCCGUAAGAGCAGAUAUCCAAGGUAUAUGGAGAGGAAAAAACCGAUACUCGAGCGGGAUCGUCACUCCGAAGACCAAAACCAUAUAUCGGAGUCGAAGCGCCCAGGUAUACAUCUUCAUUCAACUCUGCCAAGAGACGUGGGAGUUUGACGAGGAUGGAGAGAGAUAUUCGGAGAAAGUCGUGCACGGCUUCCUACCGGAGUUGUUCAACCGCUGGGCAGCAAAGUCAACAUCCCACCUGGUCACUAUAAUCUUCUUCGCUCGCGUGCAUUAUAACGAAGAUGAGGUCAGAUAUCUCGAAGACAAUGCCUUGACCAAGGGCUUGAUCAAGGAUUACACCGGGAGAUGGUGCAAGGAUUUCUACCACGUUGCCAUCGAUUUUGAACGGCGUAGUGACUGGCAUCAGGCAUUGGGUGAGAUCAAGCAGCGAUUGGAGAAGAGUGAGAAGGAGAUACUACUCGACUUUCACGUGAGCCAACUGCGAGGGACAGAUCGCGAAGGUACGGAAAACCGAAUCUUGGGCAGAUGGAGCUUUGCGUACGAAGGAAAUGUCCUCGAGGCCGUCAAUCUUGCCCUGAACCCCUUUGAUGAGCACUACAUCGAUCGCGAUCUAUCAAGAACCGGUAUGAGCAUGGCAGUUCUGACCCCUGGAACGGGUCAUUUCGCUGUGGACAAGAAUCUCCUACGUCUCACUACUGAGCGAAUGGUUGACCACGGCAUCUCACUCGAUCUCGUUUGUCUCACGAAGAUGCCCCUUCACUCAGUCCCCCUCUUUUCUUACGUAUCCAAAAGACCGAAAGGCCUGGUCAGUGAGCAGACGGUCUCCGGUAUGAAGACGAAGCCGACUAUUCCCGAUCUUCUUUACUUUGACGCGAAGAACGUCAAGGAUGAAGACUGCGAACUUGCGGACUGUUACUCGAUACCGAAAUGGGUGAAUUGCUCCUUCUAUUCAAAAACGCAUGACAAGCCGUUUAGGAUGGACAGGUUUGUUCCUAGGUGUAAAAUGUACGAAAUCCAAAUGCUUGGCGUACUGGACCACAACUUGACGAGGGUAGCGGUCCCGCUCCUUGCCGAAGACGAUAUCAUCGCACCCCGAAAGGAUUUGACUGAGGCGGAUAGGAAGAAACUUCGAGAUGACUUCGACGCUGCUAUAUUUGGUGGGAAACCAACUACCGAGAUCAAAGGUGAUGGGAACACUCCAGCUGCGGGAUCCUUACCAAAUGCAAGUUAUCAAUCAGCCAGGCUUCUGGCUACUCGGGCGGAGGAAGGAAGGAUAAAUUCUCUAUCCUCACUUGUCGCUUCGCAAGGUCGACUUGCUCCUUUACUUUCUAGUGGGCGUGAGAAUAGAACUCCUGAGCAGAGCGCCCAAGAUCUGGAGGACGAAAUCGAAAUCCUUAAUCCCCUCGAAUCUGCACGACGAGCCAGGAACCGAAAAGCAAGAAGUGAGACUCUCCUAAGUGACGGAGCCUCUACCGCCAUAAUCUCCAAGCGUAAUGCUGAAGUGUCACCCUCAAGAUCUUCCAUUAGAUCUGGUGUUCUCUCAGGAGCUUCGACACCCAAACUGACACCUGUCAAGCGACUGCGCAGACCAAGUAGCCGAAGCUCGGUCGUCGCUCGAUUCGGUCCGAGUUGGCUGUUGGGUGCUCUGACUACACGGUCACAACUCAGUCUCCCGACAGCAGCCGCUGAGACUGUCGCACGUACCGAUGUGUCCUCCGUCAGCGGUAGUCGAGUUUCCUCCCCAUCCACGCUGAAAGGACCUUCGGUCGUCUCUCGAGCUAUACCAGGGGCCCCUGUUGUACUACCUGCUACUCCUUCUCCCUCUAGAGAAUUCUCAAAUGUCACACAACCCUUACCUAUCGCACCCCGACCCGCUCGUAUAGUAUCAGAAGACGACCUCGGCAAAUCUCACCGAAGCUCUGUAAAGGAGAAAGUCUCCAGGUCAGAGAAUUCGUCAUGGGGCAAGGUAGCUUCGUUUAAUAAGAGUGCUCGACACGUCACUGUGAAUCCGUGUAAUCCGAAUGAGAAUCCUAUGGCUUUGACUGGGGAUACGAGAAGAUGGCAACAUGUGCGACCUAGACCGAUGAAAGACACUCAUCAUCUGGUCAAAUGGACUAGUCUCUGUACACCAGCAUGUCUACCGUUGACCACAGACUACAUGCCUACUGCUAGCGAGCUGCAAGAGUUUUACGAAGCGAAUUCUUAUGAUAUUGCUUGUUUCGCCGAUCAGCUUUCUUUUCUCAUUCGUGCUGAUAGUGCGGCUCACAAUCUUCCUCUGGCAAUCAUGCGAGAGAUGGCCUCCCAACGUUUGACUCAAAAUUUUCAAUACAUAGUGUUACCCCAUCAGGCAGCGGUGGAGAUGGACGAAGCGCUCUCAACACAUCCAACACGCAAGGUGCUCCUUCCUGGUGAUUCGACCCAAGCUGGUCUCCGUGCUGGGGGAGCGAGUGAGGUGUUACGUGAUGCCAGUGGGGCUAUCUAUCUCUCAUGGUCGAACCAUAUCCACAGACUGGCAUUCGACUCGCAAAAACAAAGUGUCACCGUGCAACGGUUUGUGAGGAAGAUAAGGCAUACCACGGAAUCAGAGAAAUAUACUUGCUUAGUAUGGGCCAGUCAGAUGAACGGAUUUAACGAGGCUAAGGCGACUUUCCAUUAUCCUAACGUCGAAGCAAGACUCAACUUCAAUUACCUUGAUCGUCUUAUCGCCGGAGAAGAAGACCAACUCACACCUUCCAUCAAAUACUGGCGCACCCGAUACAUACUCAUCCCUUCUGGAAAAGAUCCAUCAAUGUCACAAGGUAUCGUACCUUCCGGUGAAAACUUCAAUACCUCGGAGAUUCUGAUGGCGGGAGCUUCCAAGGUUCUCGAGAUAUUAGAGAGACAUCAAUGGAAAUCCCCUACUAGAGCCAAACGACCUUUACGGUUGAUCCCGACCACUUUUGAUCCUUCCGCUUGCGUUCUGGACGAAGGACUCAUGACGGAGUUGGAACGAUUGGUCGAGGGGAAAGAAAAGGGAGAUAAGGUUAAAAAGAUCGCAGGGCUAACUUUGCAAACAGUGGGAGAGAUGAUGUGUAAGCCUAAUAAUGGGUUGAUCAUCAGAGAAAGAUGGUGGGGAUUCAACGUGCAUGAGGACUCGUUCAGUGGGGAGAUUUUCUGUGAAUGGCUUGUGAACACAUUUGAAGAUAUCGAAACUCGUGAGCAAGCUGUCGAAUGGGCUCGAUCUCUUUUUGAAAAAGGUCUGAUUGAACACGUCGCCAACGCCCAUGGAUUCUUCGAUUACAAUCAUUUUUUCUAUCGUCUUCGUCCGACGUACGACAUCAACGCAUCCAAACGAAAACAAUGGUUUGGUUCUGGUUCUGGUUCUGCCAUUUCUUCCAAUACAACAAAUAAAUCACUCACUGGUCCUCGAGAUUUGAUCGAACGUCAUGCGGCUUUAUCAACUUCACCUUCUAGUGUUCCCGUGGCUAAAUUGACGGACGCUCCUCCGAAGAAAAGGAAAAUAAGGAUGAGUCAAACGACGAUUAUCGAUCUGGACCCUAGUAGGAAGAGUGAUAGAGCUGAAGUGGCGAUUUUACACGCUGAUGUGAUUCAUAAUGCUAGAAAUGCAUUCCAUUUCGAACUGAAUUGGUUAGGUGUAACAGCAGGUCUUUUAGAUGAACUUCGACUUAAAUGUUCAGCUCAAGCCGAACGUUACGCACUUCGUUUCGUCGAAGCUCCAGUCGAACAAAUCAAAGAUGUUUCACUUAAAUCAGCAUAUCGUCAACCUAUCCCUAUUCCAUUAGCUUUAUCUCCUCCUAUAGUACCAGAUCUUCAUUUACGUUUAGCAGAACAUGGUACUGGACAAUCAUCAAAUUUCUUUGAAUAUUCAAUUUUAACACAAAAAUUCGGUUUCGUGUUAGAUGUAGAAUCUUCAACAAGAUAUCCAGAUAAUAUAGAAGUAGAAUAUUCUUAUAGAGGUCAAGUCAAAUUUGAAUAUUCACAAUUUUGUCAUAAGAGUGGAUUAGCUUUAGUACAAUGUUUAGGUGGUGAGAAAGGUUUUUUAUGGUGUGAUAAUAGAUUAUUCAUUGCCGCUCCACAAAGAAGAGGACAAGAAGGUUUAGGAAUAGGAAUUAAACAGGAAGAAGCAAGAUGUUUAAGGAUGGAAUUGGAAAGUUUUUGUAAUGAUAUUGAUGGUUUGAAAAAGUUUUACGAGGAAGUUUUGAAUGGUUUACCUCUUGUACCGGAGUCUGUAAAGUUGGAAGGGGAGAAAAAUGAGAGGAUGGAGGUAGAUGGGGAGAAGGAUGAAGGUGGAUGA